UUUCUGGAGGUUUCCACGAAAUAACCGAUUUCAUUGCAGAUAGAAUUACAUGAUAAAAGUCACGAAAAAUGUAUACAGAUAUAUAAAUUUUAACACUAUUUGAUCAUUAAUCAUAGAAGAAGUUCUUUUUGAUAUGUUAUAAUUUUUAUAAUAAAUGUUUUUUAUAAUAAAAUAUCUAUCAAUUUCAUUAAUUUGAAAAACAAUGGGAUAGCAAUUAUUACAAGUAAAACGAGGUUGCCGAGAAGUAUCAUGUAUAUUACAAUUGACAGGGUCCUUCUUGGUUCGCAAUCUAGGCGUAGGAGGUUGAGCCAAUCGCAUGUGCUACAUUCUGAAACUCAACUGCUAUCCGACCUCCGAUUGGAUGCACUGCACCGCGGGCUUACGUGCCUCUCACGAUUUAAUUUCUAGGGGGUAGGGACAAGGGAGUCGUGACUUGGGAGAGCGUCCACUGCCAUCGAAGUACAAGGAAACGGAUAGUGCUAGCUCUUGCUUCUCGUAGAAUUUUUUCUUUAAGUGAGUGAAUAAUGGCACGUACUAAGCAGACAGCUCGUAAAUCAACUGGAGGUAAAGCACCUCGUAAACAACUAGCCACAAAGGCAGCACGUAAGAGUGCACCAUCUACUGGUGGUGUGAAAAAACCACAUCGAUAUAGGCCUGGUACAGUAGCUCUUCGAGAAAUCAGAAGAUAUCAAAAAUCAACAGAAUUGUUAAUCAGGAAAUUACCUUUUCAAAGAUUGGUUCGUGAAAUUGCACAAGAUUUCAAAACUGAUCUUCGUUUCCAAAGUGCUGCAAUUGGAGCUUUACAAGAAGCUUCAGAAGCAUAUUUGGUUGGUUUAUUUGAAGACACAAAUUUGUGCGCUAUUCACGCGAAACGUGUUACAAUCAUGCCUAAGGAUAUCCAGUUGGCCCGACGAAUCCGUGGCGAGCGUGCUUAAACAAUAUGUAACUCCCAUACAUACCAUUUAUUACUAUUAUUAUCAUUCGUAACAGUCAUGGAUGAAACAUUUUCAUUCCAAACUACAUAUUAUGUUGUACUCCAUAAUAAUAUAUGAGUUAUGACAUGAUCAUCCUUUAUAACAUGUAUUUAAAAUUCAGAUUUCUAGAAAAUUGAUACAAGAAUUGAUUUAACUGUUUUUGAUAUAGUUAAUUUUCAUCUUUUGGUAUUAUUAUACAAAAAUAGACUAUAUAUUAUUUCUAAAAAUAAUCAAUUACAAUUGCUAAUUCCCUAAUUUCAUUUUCUUUUUAUCAUUUUACAUUUUACAGAGUAAGAAUACUUAUAAAAAAAACCUAAAAUCGGAAAUUAAAUAAUCGUGAUAAAAGACAAUUGUUAAUUCUUCUAAAAGUACUUUUAAGAUUGAAUAAGAUCGAAAAUGUUUAGUUUCUCAUUACAAUUUUAUUAUAUUCAUCAUCCUUAUCAUUAUUGAUACAAUAGUGAAAUGUACAUUAGAGAAUAAGGCACUUUUUUUGUAGGAACAGUAUGUUCAAUGUAGUGUUUAUCAUAUUAGAACUCUGGUUGUAUGAAAAUUACGUAAGAUAUUUCAAUCAGUCAAGUAUUCAUUGUUCGUGUAAAGAUAAACGUUUCUUAAAUAAAUCUUCAAAAUAAUAUUAA